AUGGCGAUUGCCUUGGAUAUUCCCUUCAUCCCGGCCAUCAUCCCGUUCACGGCGUUCCUGUUUGUGCGGUUCGGGGAGAGGGUGGUACCCUUUCAGAGCGAGCAUCUGAGGAAAGAGUACGACUACGUGAUCGUUGGAGGAGGCUCCGCCGGGGCAGUCCUGGCGAACAGGCUCAGCGAAGACUUCCGAGUCAGCAUUCUACUCAUAGAAGCAGGAGGCAUCGAGAACGAAGUGUCCGACAUACCCCUCAUCGCGGCAACUAUGCAGAUGUCGCCACUAGACUGGAAGUAUCGCACGGAACCACAGGAAACGUCGUGCUUUGGUCUGGAGGGUCGGGCUAGUCCUUGGCCCCGCGGCAAAGUACUCGGUGGUUCGAGCGUGCUCAACUACAUGAUCUACGUUCGGGGAAAUCGACACGACUACGACACCUGGGAAGAGAUGGGAGCGACGGGAUGGUCCUGGAAAGACGUCUACCCCUACUUCCUCAAGUCGGAAGACAACAGAGACGCCGCUAUCCUCCAAAAUGGUCAUCACGGUAACGGAGGAUAUCUGACGGUCUCCACGCCUCCCUAUGCUACGCCUCUGGGGCACGCCUUCAUUGAGGCAGGCCUGCAGAUGGGCUACCCCAACGUGGACGUGAACGGAGCAACGCAGACAGGAUUCAUGAUACCACAAGGUACAAUACGAAGAGGUGCACGGUGUAGCACAAGCAAGGCAUUUGUCAAACCCAUUCGCCACAGGAAAAACCUUCACAUUACGCUCUAUUCUGUGGCCACAAAGAUACACUUUGAUGAAUUCAAUCAUGCUCGAGCUGUGCAAUUUGAGAGAUUCAAGGUUCCCCACAUGGUGUAUGCACGACGAGAAGUUAUCCUGUCGGCUGGGUCAAUCGGCUCUGCUCAGCUGCUCUUGAUUUCGGGAAUCGGACCACAACACGAACUGCACAAGCUGGGCAUUCCUUGUCUUGCGGACUUGCCCGUUGGGCGCAACCUUCAAGAUCACAUCUACCCAGGAGGCCUCAACUUCUUGGUGAAGGAGGAGGUAUCCAUGAUUCAACCACGGGUCUUCAACCUCAAGGAAAUUAUCAAGUACCUCACCGUGGGAAAAGGUCCGCUGACACUACUAGGCGGAGUAGAGGGGCUGGCAUUUAUCAACACGAAGUAUGCAAACAAAAGCAUGGAUUGGCCAGAUAUUGAGAUUCAUUACCUGUCAGGCUCACCCGUGUCGGAUGGUGGGCAGACCUUCCGAAGAACAGAAGGGAUCGGCGAUGAGCUCUGGGAGAAAGUGUAUGCUCCAUACGUCUACAGAGACACCAUGUCGGUGUAUCCCGUGCUGCUGAGGCCGAAGUCGAGAGGGUACAUCAAGUUAAGAUCACGAAACAUUCAUGACCCGCCCAUCAUUGACCCCAAGUACUUCAGCCACCCAGACGACAUCAUGACCGUCGUUGACGGAAUGAAGUUUUCAAUAGCGGUUGGACAGGCACCGGCCUUCAGAAAAUAUGGCGUCAAAAUGUGGGACAAAGUCUUUCCUGGUUGCGACCACUACAAGUUUCUGGGCGACGAGUACCUGGCGUGCAUGGCUCGCACCUUCACCAACACCAUCUACCAUCCUGUUGGAACGUGCAAGAUGGGUCAACCCUGGGAUCCAACCACGGUGGUGGAUCCUCACCUCAGAGUGAAAGGUGUGGGCGGGCUGCGAGUAAUAGACGCUUCAAUAAUGCCUGUCAUCGUUUCCGGGAACACAAAUGCACCCUCCAUAAUGAUUGGAGAGAAGGGUGCUGACAUUGUUAAGUCCGACUGGAGCGUCCACUCCCUAUUCGGAAGCAGGAAGAGGUGA